AUGACACAAACCAAGCACACCGAUAAUAACCGCGUUGUCACUGACAGAGGUGGCAUCGUCGAAAACAUCCACCGCAUCCAUGUCGCUGUCACGGACUCUCACGGCAACAUCCUCUAUGCCAUCGGCAACUCCUCUAGAAUCACGCUAGCUCGCUCAGCGGCGAAGCCAGCUCAAGCCCUCGCCGUUCUUGAGACUGGCGGCUUCAAGAAUGCGAGUUUCGACGAUAUCGACCUUGCCCUUAUGUGUGCCUCGCACAACAGCGAGGACAGACACAUCGACCGAGCUAGAAGCAUGCUAGCGAGGGCGAAAGCCCAGGAAGCCGACUACCGCUGCGGCGGGCAUCCCUCGAUAAGUCCAGCCGUCAAUCAAGCUUGGACUAUGAUGGGUCUUGAUAUCACAGGAGGUAUCUAUAAUAACUGCUCUGGAAAACACGCCGGUAUGAUGGCUGGUGCUAUCGCUUUGGGCGCCAGUAUCAAAGAUUACCACCUCCCGGAUCACCCAAUGCAAAUUCGGGUAAAACAGGUGGUAGAGCAGCUUUGCCCCGACCCCACUCAUGUACAGUGGGGCAUCGAUGGCUGUAAUCUCCCUGCUCCUGCAUUUCCCCUCCUAUACCUCGCGCAUAUGUAUGCUAUCUUCGCGAGGGCAGCAGCCUCUACCGAGCAAGAGAAGUCACGCUCCCAGCGGACGAGGGAUCUUGCUAGGGUAUUCAAUGCUAUGACGCGUUACCCGGAGUUUGUGGGAGGAAAUGGGCGGUUCUGUACGGAGCUGAUGGAAGCGUAUCAGGGACAGUUGAUCGGUAAGGUUGGGGCAGAUGGCUGCUAUGGGGUUGGCAUACGCGAGUCUGAGCAGACGAGACGCUUGGGGGCAAAGGGAUCGAUGGGUAUUUCCGUCAAGGUCGACGACGGCAACCUCGAGAUUUUGUACGCUGUGGUGGCUGAGGUGCUAGAACAACUCAAUAUUGGAACAGAAGAAACGAGAAAAGGGCUGGAACACUGGCAUCACUUCGAGAGAAAGAACACAAUGGGUGUUGUUAUAGGGUCUAUCGCUUUCGAUUUUCAGCUACGCGCUGUGGGCAAAUAG